AUGGACUAUCUGUGUCUUAUUUUUCUGAUAACGAUAUUUUUAGGAGUGCACUCACAAGAUUGUUCUAGACGAAUGCCAAGAUGUAACAUCAGGGAUCGUAGAUGUUGUGGGUGUCCAAGAUUGUUCGCUGAUCCGAUGAGUAGAAAACCUACAUGGCCAUCGUCUGUCAUACAAAAAGGAUAUUGCCGCCAUAUGCCCUGUAUCACUGACGCAUGCAAAGGGCCUAUGGUAGAUGCCCAAUGUAGAGUUGAUAUCGACUGUAGUUCCGAUGCACAGUUUUGUGCAAACAGUAAAUGUAUCAACAAAUUGUCUAAUGGACUUGUGUGUUCUGAGAACAAAGAAUGCACAAGUGAUAAAUGUAUCGAUCGAAAAUGCGCGCAGUGCGAAGUGUCAUCCGAUUGUCCAGGGAACCAAAUGUGUGAUCGACAAGAAUGCAGUCCAAUUGUUGAGGCGGUUGGGUUCAAGUGUGAAAUGAAUGAGAUGUGCGAAAGUGGCAUAUGCAUUGACAGUAUGUGUGUAGACUGUGCAUUUGACGAGGAUUGUGAAGGAGGGUUUUGUGCCACACCCCAGGAUGGCAAAGAAUACAAUUACAACCAAUGUACUAUGAAAAGAUCUAUCGAAGCAAUAUGUACAAGAGAUCAAAUGUGUGUAAGUGGUAAAUGCAUCGGCAAUGUUUGCAUUGAUUGCAUCAAUGACGAAGACUGCGCAGGGGACCAAUCAUUCUGUGGUGAAAGAAUGAAGGGGAAUCCUUUUAAGACCUGCCUCGAUAAGAAAGAUUUCGGCAAUGGCUGCUCUAGAGAUCAGGAAUGCACGUCCAAUAAGUGUGGAGAGGGUUUAUGUGGCAAUUGCCUCAACGAUGAAGAGUGUGGAGACGCCAUGUAUUGCGAAGGAUUUGGUCAACCAGGUGUCCCGAAUGAUUGCAAACCUAAACAUGAAUUUGGGACAGAGUGCAUAAGAAAUGCUGAAUGCACGUCCAAUAAGUGUGGGGAGGGUUUAUGUGGCAAUUGCCUCAACGACGAAGAGUGUGGAGCCGCCAUGUAUUGCGAAGGAUUUGGUCAACCAGAUGUCGUGAAUGAUUGCAAAAUCAAACAUAGCAUUGCAGAAAUAUGCACAAGAAAUGCUAUGUGUACCUCAGAGAAGUGUGGGAUACCACCAGGAGAUGGCCUUGGUAUAUGCGGGUAUUGUGCGGAAGAUAGAGAUUGCGAAGAGAAAGGCGCAUUUUGUAAAGGAUUAAAGAAACGUAAUGUGGUUAAUGAAUGCGCGAAGAAAAUCAAGAAAGGAGGAGGUUGUGAAAGAAGUGAGCAAUGCACGAAUUCGAAUAGCUCGUCUGGGGGUAGAGGAUAUUGUGAUACAGUAUGUGGUGAUUGUAUAAUGAGCGAUCAUUGUGAAGGUGGAUCACACUGCAGAGGGAGUGGCUCCACAAUUACAAAUGAAUGUGAACCCGACGUCAAGAAUAACAACUGGUGUGAGGAAGACACGUGGUGUGCAAGUGGACAUUGUGUCAUGAAUCUUUGCAGGGUCUGUGGAGAAGACGCGCAUUGCGCAGAAGGAAAGAUAUGUUCGCCGGAGUUCAAGUGUAAAAGACUGCAAAGUCGGGGUAAACCAUGUUACAGGAAUGAAGAAUGUAAAUCAAACAAUUGUGAUAAAGGAACCUGUAAAGGAAAACUAAGAAAUAAAUUAGAUAUUUGAGCAUAUCUUCAAAACAAUUUUAAAUGGAGGUUUCCCGUUGACACUCUUAUAAAUAAACCAGAUUCAGUUGUCCCAUAUUACAUUUGAUACAAUUUGAUCUAUGUUGUAACGGUACUAGCAUCCACAGCCAUUUUGAUAUUAGACUAGGAGUACUGGUCUUCUCCAUUAUGAAUUGUAAUUAGGACAAAUGCCGCAUGGAUGAGAUGUCCCGUGGUUUUGUGGUUUUGGAUAGCCAUAAUGGUUCGUGGAUUGGUGGGUGAAGUCGUAAUAGAGAUUAUUUCUUUGGACGUUAGGUUUUUUGGAUGUUGGAGCUGUUUCCAUUGUACUAACUGCGUUCUUGAAAGUUCUUGAAAAUAGAGUUUGUUUUCUUUGUGCUAAUUGUGUUCUUGAAA